UCCUUUAAUUAAUUCACCAUAAUCAUUUUACUUUUCAGCUAGGAGGGGUAAAAACUAAAAACAUUUUAAUAUAGUUACUCUAUAAUAGAACACUUUUAUUAUAGAAUUUGAUUUGCUCUAAUAGUUCAUUCUAUAAUAUAAUUACUCUAUAAUAUAGUAAAAUCUAGACUAAUAUUUUGUUUAUUCUAAAUAACUCUAUAUUUCACUCUAUUAUAAAGUGAACCAUUGAAACAAAUCUAACUAUAUAGUAGAGUUACUUUAUUCUAGAAUGAAAUAUAGAGAAAUUUUUUGUGUACCAUUAAAAAUACCCUAAAAGCAAGAUUACUUUUGUUUGAAAAUGAUAUGAUCGAGAAAUGGAGAUUUUGAUAUAUCAAAAAAAUUAAAGUAUAAAAUUUAAGUAGGAAAAUAUGUUCUACAUAAUAUUUUUCUAAUAUAAUAUAAUUAAUUUGGCACUCUUGAUAGUAUAUGACUCAGAGUCCUCACAUGUUACGUUGGAAAUAAACAUUUUAUGAAGGAAAACACACUUUGAUAUAUUGGAAAAAGCUUUGCUAAAGAAAAAGGUAACCUUGCAAAAAGAUCCUUGUAGUAAAGCAUGAAAAAGAUACUCGUUCCUAACAACUUUAUAAAUCAAUUCUCUAGAGAGCAUUCAUAAUUGUUUUUUAUCUCAUAUAAAUAGGAAAAUGAUGUUCCAAACAUCAAAAUAAAAUUUCCUGUAUCGUGAUAUUAAUCUUAUUUCUUCAAUGUAAAUGUUUAAAAUGACAAUAAUGAUGGUUAAUUUAGUUUAAAUUAUUUUGGCUAUCAGUUAAAAGGAAACUAUAAAAAGAAAAAAAAAGAAUAUUUGAAGUGGGGUACUUGAGAAGAGUUUAUGGAGUAUGUCGCAUGGGUUUUGAUUUCACUGUCAACCAGACGAUUAUUCUCUUUUACCUAUUUAGGUUCUUAAUUUCUUUGUCGUAUGUUGUUGGAUUUUACCUUAUGAACACGUGCAUGGGUACACGUGCAUUGCAGGCUUUGUUCUCAAUGUCAAGAGAUGCAAUCACCGCCGUUGGAUAUGUUUACUUCUUUGACCACCCUCAAUUUACGGAAAAUGUAAAUCUCAAUUAGUCAAUUAUGAAAAGGAUCAAGAAAUAGUAGCUAUCAUGUAAACAAAUUCACUAUUCAACAUCUAGAUUGCAAUACGAUGCCAGUACUGCUUCAGUUCUCAUAGUUUUUUUUUUAAUUCAGUUCUCAUAGUUGUAAUAACCAAAAUAACUAUGUGGUAACUCUGUACUUAGCACAUGAAGACUUUGGUCCGCUUCUUACAAAACUUCAACCAAACCUAAUUUUGAAUGAAACUAUUUUUUUUACCUUUCAAAUAUAUUUUUAAGACUGAAUCGCUAUUAGUUCGUGAUAUAUUGUACUAAAAAUAACACUUCUGUCAACGUACUAAAUAUAACACACAAAUAUAUGAGUAAAAGAAAAAAGAAAGGUAAUUGACCCAAAGAUGAAAAAGAAAAAAAGUUAUUUUUAUUUUACUUUUUUGUUGACAAAAAAGGAAUAAAGAGAAAAUAAACAAGGCUAAAUAAAUAAUGAGAUCAUCAUUCAAAAUAGAAAAGGCAGACAUAGUAACUUUCUGUGUGUCAUGACGCACUGCCACUGAAAAACAAAUAUCAAAUAUUGAAGAUAAGUGUAGGGGUAAGAAGUAGGAAUUUUAAAGUUGGUUUCCACCGCCAUUAACUUUAGAGUAAGAAGUAGGAAUUUUAAAAUGAGAACAUUUUGAAAGUGUAAUAUAUAAAAUGGUUGCAACAUUUUUUACUGAUCAAGGUGCUUCUACAUUUAUUGAAUGAGAGAUGAAUAUUAUUUUCUUAUUGCACAUAUGCGCUUAAUUAAGUGUGUAGGUUGUGUGUGUGUCUAUAUAACAAAACUUUGGUCUAGAAGAAGUCAUGACAGCUGAGGAUCAGACAAUUUCAAGUAGUGGAGGAUAUGUCCAAAGCUCAUCAACAACUGAUCAUGUUGAUCAUCAUCAUGAGCUUGAAUCCUUUAAUCCUCCUCCUGCUAAGAAGAAAAGAAACCUCCCUGGAAACCCUGAUCCAGAAGCCGAAGUCAUAGCUCUAUCCCCAACGACGCUUAUGGCCACAAACCGCUUCCUCUGUGAGAUAUGUGGAAAAGGUUUCCAAAGAGACCAGAAUCUACAGCUUCACCGUCGAGGACACAACCUCCCAUGGAAACUAAAGCAGAGGACGACCAAAGAAGUAAGGAAACGAGUGUAUGUAUGUCCGGAGAAGAGUUGCGUUCAUCACCAUCCGACAAGGGCACUCGGUGACCUUACAGGAAUCAAGAAACAUUUUUGUCGGAAACAUGGCGAGAAGAAGUGGAAGUGCGAGAAAUGCUCCAAGAGAUAUGCAGUUCAAUCCGAUUGGAAGGCUCAUUCAAAGACUUGUGGGACUAGAGAGUAUAGAUGUGACUGUGGUACAGUUUUCUCCAGGAGAGACAGCUUUAUUACACAUAGAGCAUUUUGCGACGCCUUGGCAGAAGAAACCGCUAGGCUAAACGCAGCUUCUCAUCUCAAAAGCCUUACCAGUAAUAACCUAAACUACCAUUAUCUCAUGGGCACACUUAUACCAUCACCAGCACCACCACCACCAUUUCCAUUCGGACCACCACAGCCACUGCAACCGCACCACUUCCCUAUAACGACCAACACUUUCGAUCAUCAUCAUCAUGACGUCAUGAAACCUGCUUCUUCGCUCUCCCUAUGGAUGGGAGGAAAUAACAAUCAUCAUCAAGUGACCGUAGACGAAGGUAUCUCACCGCAAGAUGAUUACAAUUGGGUUUUUGGGAACGCAAAUAAUCGCGGCGAGUUAAUAACGACUAGCGAUUCACUUAUCACACAUGAAAAUAUCAACAUAGUUUCGAGUAAGGAAAACGCAAACGCGGCUACUUCACUUUCCGUGCCUUCUGUUUUUAGCAGCGUCGACCACAUCACACAAGACGCAAACGCAGCUUCCUCGGCGGUUGCGAACAUGUCAGCAACUGCAUUACUUCAAAAAGCGGCUCAGAUGGGCGUGACUUCUUCUACUCCGACGACGAUCACCACCAACCAAUCCACGUUUCAUCAGAUUGUAGAAGAAGGUGGCAGCGAUAAGUUCUUCGCUUUGUUUGGACCGAACAGCGUCGGUUUAAUGAGUAAAAAUGGUCUUCAACACGAGAUCGAGAACCCUAGAAAUGGCGUUACGGUAGCCUCGGGGAUUGAUGAGUUACAAAACUACCCCUUGAAACGUAGAAGAGUUGAGAGUGGGGAUGCAGGAGGAGGAGGAGGGCAAACUCGAGAUUUCCUUGGUGUUGGUGUACAAACAAUGUGUCAUUCAUCCUCUAUCAAUGGAUGGAUUUGAAACACUUGUAAUGAAUUUUCUCAUAAGAGCUUAUGAAGCUGUUGUUUCGUUGAUUAAUUUAAAGAGUUUAGAAUUUUUCGUAAUGUAACAUUAGUUAAAUCUAUAGACCACCACAAGUUAAACUUCACUUUGAGAUAUGCUGCCGUUUCUAGUGACGUGAAAUUAUGCAGUGGUUACGUUCAGUACAUAAUUCUGAUUAACUUAACGACAUUAUUUGAUUAAUUCUCUUAACUCUGUUUUGGGUUAUAAUCUUACGACUUUUCUGCAAUACAUUUCUUCUGUAUCUCGAUUUAUCAAAUUCAAAAUGAUGUCUCAGAAUAGAGUCUACAUUCAUCAGAAAAACAGAGAGUCCACACUAACUGGAGAAGAGCAGAAUGACACAUUGUAAUGAUUCACACAUUGGUAUUACACUAGUACAUUAGUAUUUACGAAUAAAAAUAAGAUUCAUGCAUACUCAUUAGGUGUAGAAAGGUCAUGAUUUGUUUUUCACAAAUAGCUACUUAGCUAAUAAGUGUAUCUCAGUAUAGUAUUAUACUAGGUGGUAUCCGCGCCAUGCGCGGAGUGAAUGGACUAAAUAGAGAUUAGAACUUUUAAUCUAUAAAUAUUGAAAAGUUAAAAGUUAUAGUCACAAAUAUUUCAUGUUAUCUAAUGAAAGAUUGAAGGACAUUGUGUAUGUUUGUAGAAGAUAAGCUUCAAUUUUGUUUUAAACUUGUGUAAUUGGUUAGGUGUAACUGAAAUAAAUUUUGUGGAAGAAAUCUAUAAGAGUAAUUUACAACUUUUGUAAUUGGUUAUAAUUUUUUUUUAAAUUUGUUUAAUAAUUUUUUUCAAGUAAAUCACUAAAAUUUCAUGUGUGAUUUUUAAUUAGCCAUGAGAAUUUAAAACUGAAACCAAAAUGCGUUAUGAGGAUUGCAUAUAUUAGUUUUCUAUUUUUUGGCUAUUGCAUAAUUUACGGUCAAAUUUAAAUUAGCAAAAUGAGUCAAUUAAAUUAGUAAGUUAUUUUCAUCAAUAUCAACAAUUCGAUUAUUCGAAAGUUGUAUAGUUCAAGUAAAUAAAUAGGGAAUCAACCCAAAAUUUAAAUUCUAGUAAAUAAAUAGGGAAUCAACCCAAGAAUUUAAAUAAAUUUCGGACUAAAUAGAGAUUAAAACUUUUAAUCUAUAAAUAUUAGAAAGGUAAACUUGUAGUCACAAAUAUUUCAUGUUAUAUAAUGAAAGAUUGAAGGACAUUGUGCAUGUUUAUAGAAGAUAAGCUUCGAUUUCUUUUUAAAAAAACUUGUGUAAUUGGUUAGGUGUAAUUGAAGUAAAUUUUGUGGAAGUAAAUCUAUAAGAGUAAUUUACAACUUGUGUAACUGGUUAGAUUUUUUUAUUUUUUUUAAAAAAAAACUUGUUUAAUAAUGUUUCUCAAGUAAAUCCAUAAAAUUUAGUGUGUGGUUUUUAAUUAGCCAUGAGAAUUUAAAAAACAAUUAUAGUAACUUUCCUAUCUUAACCGAAACUAAAAUACGUUAUGAGGAUUGCAUAUAUCAGUUUCCUAUUUUUUGGUUAUUGCAUAAAUUACAGUCAAAUUUAAAUUAGCAAAAGGAAUCAAUUAAAUAUAGAAAUCAAGAUCUAUUGGAUUUGAUAUUCAAAAGCGCCAUCAAAUCCACAAUUUAUUUAAAUUCUUGGGCUGAUUCCCUAUUUAUUUACUUGAAUUUAAAUUAUUGGGUUGAUUCCCUAUAUAUUUACUUGAAUGAUAUAACUUUUGAGUAAUCGAAUCAUUGAUAUUAAUGAAAAUAACUUACUAAUUCCUAAAAAGUUGAAUUGUAUAACAAAAAUAAUUAUAUAAGUAGAAGUUGCAUAUUCGUAUAAAAGUAGAUACAAAGUAAAUAUAUUUUUUUUAGAUUUAUAAUAUAAAACUUUUAAUACUAAAAUUUCAUGGAUUAAUAUGCACAAAAAAAUUCAUAAAUAUGUUGUCUCCGAUAUAUGUUGCUCUUCCUAUAUGAAUAUGCAUAUAAAACUCAUGUUAUAGUUUGGUUUUUCGUAUAAACGUAGAAGUUCCAUAUUCAUAUCGACGUAACUACAAAGUAAAUUUAGCUGUUAGAUUUAUAAUAUAAAACGUUAAAUACUAAAGAUAAAAUACAUGGAUCAACUUUUUAGCCUUUCAUAUAGACAUAGAAGUUGCCUAUUCAUAUGAACCGUUUCUAAAAAUAAUAUUUUCCUAGAAACCAAAAUUUAAAUAAUAAAUCAUACCAAAUUAGAAGUACAAAAUCAAUAUACAAAACUUAGAAAAAUUAAAUCAAUUGUUACAUCUUUUUACUCUGUUUCUUAUAUACAUUUAUCCUUUCUUGAUUUUUUCUUAUCGUUUACGACAGUGUUCUUUAUAUUUUAUUUCUCUAACUCUUCUUUCUAUUUGCUUAAUAUUAUUACUGUUUUUGCUUCUUUUUUUUUGUUAUAGACUGUAGUUCUAUUUUAAAAAAAUGUCAAACAAAUAAACCAAUAGAGAAAUAAAUAAGAUAAAACUGUAUUUUAUUAAUUUUGUAUGUAUCAUUAACUUUCUUUAAAUAUUAAAAUGAAAGGUCACAAUUUUAUAAUUUAUUUUAGGCCACUUAAAUAGUUGGGCCGGCACUGCCUGCAGAAAACAAAGAAGAUUAAUUAGGGAGCUGAAACUGAUGAAUAUUAAAAUGUUGAAAUUUACUGUGCGAAUAUACCAGGAAUGACGAAUUGCUGGAUUGUUCUUCCUGUGUUCAAGCGGUUUUCCGACAGAGUUACUGGAUUCUUUUGCCUCGUUGGAAUCUGAUAUCAAUCAGAAUUGUGGAUGAAACCGACAUAUUUUCAUAUGAGUUUAUGCACAAUAAGAAACCAAAAUUUAAAUAAUAAGCUAAAUAGAUUAUCCAAUUACUAUUGGACCAAAGAGAGAAACCAUAUCAAUAAGUCAACAUACGCAGUGUUUGAUGCUGAAAAAGAUUCUGAUAAAAAAAGCUGAUUUGAUUAUUUAGUAUAUAACAAAACCAGUCAUAAUAGAAGUUGGUUUCUAAUAAGGUUUUAAAAAAAAAAGGAAGUUACCAUAUGCGACAGCCAAAAUAAUUAUUAAAGGGUCCGGUUUAUAACUAAAUUUCAUGUGUCGCUAACGAUAACCGAUUAUAUUUCUUUGUCUAUAUGUAGUUUAUGAUAUAAUAAAUAUGUCCAAUGGCAUUCUAUUGUAAAUACUCUAGUAAGUUAUGUCUUUUUUAAUAAGUGGGCUGAAAAGGACUAUGAAUCUGCCACAUCAGUAAUGGCAAUCUUGUUAAUCAUACAUCAAGUAAAGGUUAAUUAGCAAAAGUGCUCCUCAAAUAAUAAAAAAGGGAUUUUGUGUGCGCGUAUUACUUUGUAUAUGCAUAUAUAAAGAGUGGAUCGAAAAGUGGUGGGGACAAAAGGAAAGAUGAAGGCUUUUGUGCUCAAUAAUUCUAGCUUAACUUGCAGGGCAAUUAUAGUGGAGGUCUUGUAGGAUAAUAAUAAGAAAAUGAAAAUGAAGACAGAUAGAAAAGAAAAAAGAGGCAUAGUGAGAGCACCUCCAAUGGGUAGAUCCAACGGGUGUUCUAUCUAUUGGAAUUUUUAAAAUGCAUAUGUAUGUAUAUAUAUUAUAUAUGUGUAUGUAGUUAUUGGGCCUACUAUUUUUGUGAAAAAUUUCAUCUUUUUUUUUUGAUCAACUGAUAAUUUAAUUAGAAAGAAGAAGGUUAGUGUGGACCUGAACCCAUCACAUAUAAUUUGUUACAUAGGGAACUCUUGGUCCAUGAGUCUGCGGACCCAUUUGAAACUCUAUAAACAAAGGAUGCGUGAAAAAAAUCAAAAGAAGAAGCGAUUGUCGUUUCAAUAUCGGAUAGAACUCCAAAAAGCUCUACAAAUCGUUGAUUCGUGGAGAUGGCUUGAAUAAACCCUUUGCAAUGUGAUCGAAGCAAGAUGAUGUUGAUAUUGAGCGAGGCUGCGUGCUCUAGAGACGCCGGAUCGCCAAAGCUUCCGCCAUGAGCGGGGAGGAGACGUGAAGCUGAUGGGAGCAACCUCGAGUGAUUUCUCGACCGGUGGGAGAGGUGAAGAUCCAUGCAAGCCCCGAUUAUAUGGUAUCCUUGUUCCAUGCCUCAUCGGUGUUACAGAAAAUGGUCGACGGUGACGAUAUUUAUGUUGGUAGCUGUGGUGAGAGGGUUCUCGAUCGGUCGCUAGAUGAGGGUUGUGCUGCUUCCCACUCCCGCAGGAGUGCGGUGGCGCACGAGAGGAUUUCUGGCGGUGGCGUCUGCUUGUUUUCGAAAGUGUGGAGGUUACGGUUGAUCCAUAGGCCCCAGCAAAUCCAGGGGAAGAGACUAGCAGAGGAUCCAACAGGUGGGAGGUUUACCCUUGCAAAGGAGUGUUGAAGUGAUUCUUUAAAAGUGGAAACCGAACCCGAAGGGGAGCCUAGAGGGGCUAACCAAGGGCACAUGUCCCAGACUUCCACUAUCGUCUCACAUUGGAAAAGGAUGUGUUUAAUUAUCUCUUCCGCUCCACAUUUAGAGCAAGAGGUAUGACCUUGCAAACCUCGUUUUCGUAGGUUGUUCCUUGUUGGUAGGUUGUUUAGUGCACAACACCACAUGAAAAUCUUGAUCUUUGGGAGGAGAUUUUGAUUCCAUAUGUAUUUAUGCCAGUUUUAAAUUGCUCCAUCCAAGAGUGAAGUUGUCGAUUGGAUUUUAUCAAGUUAAGUUGUAUAAUAACCUGAUUUUACUGAAUAAACUCUUGUCUUUUGUUGUGUCCAAA